AUGCUGGCAGACACGACUAAGGACAACUGGCCCAAAAAGUGGACCGAGUUCCUUACAUUCGCACUCCAGAUAUUUAUGUCACUACAACGAGAAGGCCACCAUGCCAAGGCCGAAACCAAGGACCUGAAUGCCAUGGAGGUUGACGCAGUCGGAAAGAAGGGAAAGAGUAAAUCGGGCAAAGCGCGUAGCGUACAAGACGACAAGUUGGUUUGUGCCAACUGUAAGAAGAACAAACCUAUGUUCUUCAAAUCGUCGAAAUGCUUCGGCAAGUAUUGCACCGAUUGUUUCAAAUUGGACCAUGUCAAGAGACAGAUUGAGAAGGAGAAGGAGACAGCUGCGAAGAAGAAGGACGGGAAGAAAAAGGACGAUGACAAGAAGAACUCUGACACUGAAGAAGAGAAGAAGCCAAAGAAGAAGAGCUCUUCCUCUAAGACUAAGGGGAAGGGUAAGGAGACAGCUGCGCAUAUUAGCAACCGCAGCAUCCACUCGGAAAGCGAGCCUGAUGCAUCCGAGUCAGAUGAAGAUUUUGCCGCGAUCCUCUCAAGGCUCAGGCGCCUGAGGGCAAAUGGAUCCAGUUCAUCAAGGAAGGCGGGAGAGGGCUCUUCAAGGAAGGAUCAGAAGGGUUUUCUCAAACAGGAUCUGUAG